AUGUCUAAUCUACCUACAUCCAGAAUUACACCAGCAACUGCCUUUGAAAGAGGAGGAGUCGACUUUGCCGGCCCAUUCAAUGUCAAAUCCAAAUUGCGCUGUCGUACCUUCACAAAAUCCUACCUAGCGCUAUUCAUAUGUUUGACUACUAAGGCAGUACAUUUAGAAAAGGUAGAUGGACUGAGUACUGAAGAUUUUAUUACUACAUUAAGAUGCUUUAUUGCUCGUCGAGGACAUCCAAGUAUCAUUAGUAGCGAAAAUGGAACAAACUUUACUGGUACAAACAACAAAUUGUGUGAGCUAUAUAAACUAGUUCAGCAACCUGAUCAUCAGAACUCUGUUACAUUAUUCUGUCAGUCGAAGGAAAUUCAGUGGAAAUUCAUUCCACCUGCUUCGCCUCAUCAUGGAGGGUUGUGGGAAUCAAAUAUAAAGUCUGCCAAGGGUAUUCUAAAUAAGGUUACAGGAGACAUGUACUUUACUGCAGAAUAG